CUGAGGCCACGCCGCCACACGUAGGCAGAGGCCAGCAUACGCGCCCGUCCGGCCACGUGUGCUAACUUAUCUGGCGCGCGACACCAGCUGGCCCCGCGAUAAGCUUUGCGCUGAAUGAGCGCAAGGAAAGGAGAAAAGUAAUCGUCUGUACUAUCUGGGCGCGCGAGACAGCCGCAGAGUUGCGGUACAUUCGCUGCUGGCAAGGUCGCCGCGACAGCGCUACUGCUGCAAGAUGGCCGCCGCUAAGCAUCUGCCCGGCUUCGGCCAGGAACUGGUCGACCUCCAGUAUGAAGACUUCUGGGACUGGUUCGUGAAGGUGAAUGACCCCGUGGCGAUGUGGAGGGCGCAGCCGACGUACGUGCUCUCUCAGCUGUCUUACAUCUUCGGCGGACUCAUCACCCUGGUGCACGCUCUGAGGAACGGCGGCCGGCUGCCCUACGUGUGGCUGGCGGCUGCCCUGCACGGCCUGGUGGUGGAGGCGAUGUCGUACAGCCUGGAGGACGUGGACAACUUCUGGCACGCGCAGGCGCUCGUCAUCUUCCUCGGCCGCCGCCUGCCCCUCCACAUCAUCCUGCUCUACCCAGUAUUUAUCUACAAUGCGAUAGUAGCUGUCUCUCAUAUGAAUUUACACCGCUGGGCUGAGCCAUUUGCAGCUGGACUCCUGGUUGUAUUAAUUGACAUACCGUAUGAUAUAGUGUCAGUCAAAUUUAUCCACUGGUCAUGGCAUGACACAGACCCAAACAUUGCUGAUCGCCAUUAUUGGGUCCCUUGGAAUUCAUAUUAUUUUCAUGCAACAUUUGCUGCCAGCUUUUGUUUCUGGAUCACUGCCUGGCGUGAUGCGAGGUGGAAACCUGGCAGUUUCCUUCAAGAGAUUAAAAACUGCGCUCUGGCAGCUUUGUUGGGUACUCCAGGUGGAGUCCUGCUGUUCCUUCCUCUGUAUCACCCUUUGCAUGAUAUUGCAAAAAUUCACAGUGAAGUCACAUUCUUUAUCAUCUUCACUGUCUUCUUGGCAAUUACAUGGACAUCUGAGAGGAGUCCAAAGCCACAAAUGCAAGGAACUGAUUGCAGAUGGAACAAAUUAAUUCUUGCACACCUAGUGGCCCAUUACUCUCUCUUUUUGGGAAUGGUCCUUUUUGGCCACCCAGAAAAUGAGAUUUCAACAGGAUUCCAUGAACGCGUUGGACCUUGUGAUGAAACAGUUCCAGUACAGACAGCUUUUGGACUAGUCUUGCAGAAAAAGCGGUAUCUCUGUGCCAGCAAUUAUGAUGAAGCAUAUUUUGACUUCCACUGCUUACCUGGAGGAAAGUUACCAGCCAAUGGUGUCUCUUGGUACACAAUUUGUGGCAAUCAUUUCACUAACAGAACUGAAUAUGUAGCCAUAAUAAUGACAAUCUGCUUCUUGGCUGCUACAGUAUUUUGGAAUAUAUACAUCAGAUCUACCAGUUUUAAAAGGAGUGGUAACCUCAAUCUGAAAUCAAAACAAAAGAGCCACUAGAAAGAUGGCAAAGUUGUUCAUUUUGUAACAAUGUAAAAUUUUUUAAAAAACAUUAAAGCUGCUUCAGUAAC